AUGGGGCGUCAGUGCACCACUGGUACGGGAAAGGGUCACUAUGAAAGGGCGCGCAAACUUGGCGACGUGGUCCGCUCGUCUUUUCGCGUCGAGGGCAUGAAGGCAGCUCUUCUCGAGUUUCAGCUGGGCAUGCGGACGUUUCAAUGCCCCGACGACUCGGGCUGUCAAAUUCAGAGAAGAGCCGCAAAAAACGAGCCCAGGCUCUGGGCCGGCAACUACAUCAGUCGAUCGCGAACAAUGCAGGCACAGGUGACUCCUCCGUCCACGCCCACGGGGUCCGUAUCCCAACCUCCGCGAUGGGCUCCGGAACGAUGCAACACGAAGCGCAUUGACAGUGCUAAAAUGAACGAUGAUCACUUCCAGCAAGUACCGCACGCCCAGGCGCCGUGGCAAUCCACCAGCCACUUACCCGAGCGUCGAAUGAUGGUGCAGCGUAUUCUACAGCUCUCUCAGAGCCGCAGCAAGCCCGACGUGAGCCCGGACCGAGCCGUGUUGCUAACAAAGCGAAUUGAGCUGGCACUCUACUCACGUGCCGGGUCGCUGGCCGAGUACAGCAACUUAGCUACUCUUCGACGACGACUACAGAGUCUCGUGGCUCUUAGCGUACACGAGUCUGCUGCGAGCGAGACGGUGGUGGUACACAGCAGGAAGCGUCGAGUUGUAGCGCGAAACUUGCUGCAAGUGAACAGAGCGAUGAAGCGUCGCCGAUGCACCAACGCAACUGCCAACUGCAGUAUCUUUGCCAUGAUGGGCGAGGAUUGCACUCGUCUGGUUUUCUCGUUCCUGGACGGCAAAGAGAUUAUACGCAACAGGACUUUGAACCGUUUUGCGGCUAAAUUGUUGCCGAGUUGCGCAUUGAGUCUAACAGUCGAAGUGGUCCAGUUGACUCGAGGGCUUGCCCGCAACUCGUCCUUGUUGCAGAUGACUAAUCUCCAGCAGCUUGUAGUGCACAAGGCUGAAGUAUCUUCCGUUGUCCCAAAAGUGGGCUUAGCUACGACGCCCCUUUACGCCUGGGGCUGUGCUGAGCUCCCACCGAACCAAGCUAACGAUGGCGAGAGCGCUGUGCUCGCUCUGGCUGGUGCGUUGACCACCGGCGCCUUCCCGAACCUCAAGAAGUUGCAGCUUAUCUCAGUGUUCGUCAACACCAUGAGUCGCAACGGCAUCCGUGCAUUGUGUGGCGCAGUCCAGAUGGGCUGGUGUCCGCUUCUAGAGGAUCUGCUGCUAGCAGGCAACAGCCUCGCCGACCUCGGCGCCUGUGACGUUGCUCGCCUGUUGCAGUCCGCUCAAGCUCCUCGCCUCACGCGUUUAGACUUGCGUCGCAACUUCAUUGGAGAGAGCGGGCUGCGCGCAGUUCUGUCCGCUCUGAGCCAAUCGAGUCCAUCGCUUAAAGUGCUGUGCAUGGGCGGCAACCUCGUCACAGACAACUGUGUGAACGAGCUGCAGAGGCUGCUGGCGGGUUCAUCCCCCGUUCUGCGAUUUCUCGGUCUCGAAGACAAUUUCCUAAGCGCCCAAGGCGUGCAGCUUGUCCUAGAGACGGCAGCAGUCAUCAACGCAUCAUCCACCAGGACACGCCGCGGCUCCUGCGAUCGUGGAGCCUCCGCGUAA